CUUCUCUCUUUCUUGCCAUCUUCUCACCAUAACCAAGCAGAAACCUAUUGCUAUCAUCACCAUUAUCAUCGUUUGCUUCUGUCUUGAACAUUCUUUACUCAUGAUAUUCUUGGCAAUAUUUGUAAACAAGCAAACUCAAAGACAUAAAUGAAAAUGGUAAACAUCAGCUUAUAAGAGGUUUCUUCUGAUGGAUAAAUGGAUCAAGAUUUGUCAACAAUCAGUUGUUCUUGAUUCACAUCGUCUUCUCAUCUCACCUUUUCCAAUUAUUGUCUUGCUUUCAACUUGCCAGCUCAUUUCACCUUUACUCUUGUGACUGUCCAACAUUUCACUUUCAAUCACAUUUUCAUUCUUGUGUAAACUCGACUUUACAAUUUUUUUCAUGGUGAAACUCAAGACAACUUAUUGAUUUUGCUCAUUCAAUCAACGUUUCCAUUCAUCUUUUUUUCCCUCUCCUCUGUUCAUCAUUUCUUGUUUACACAAUAUUAUAUCAUGUUAUUAUUGGAAACGUUUAACCAACAGCUCAUCAUCAUCAAUGUUGCACUCAUUGAUUGUCUCAUCAUUUCACAUUAAAUGAGAUCAACAAAUUUAUCCAAAGCAAAGAAUAGUUGGAAAAAUCAAAGCUUCAUUUGCUCAUCAAGAAUCAAUCAAAGGACUAAAAAGUGUUUCAAUUGGAAUGUGCUUUAUUCUUCCUCAAUCUUUACUUGAUUAUUCACGACAUAAUUGUAGUUGAUUUGCGUUUCCAUUUUCAACAUUCAUUAUCGAUUUUUUCAUGAAAUUCGCUUCAAUGUAAAUUCCUUUCGACAACUUGUUGCAUUUGGAAUCACGCUUUUUGUUUAAAAAAAAUUUACUUUUGCGUUUGCUGAGGUUCUUCAUUAACUCAGUCAAGCUGGAGAUGGAUAGCUUUAAAGAGGAAUUGACUGUGACCACAGUUGAACCUCGAAACUGGAAAGGAAUACUCAUUGCACUGCUCGUCAUUCUCAGUAUAUGCACAGUUAUAACUGGUGCAAUACUAUUGCUCAGUCCACGUGUUGAUGGAAAAAAAGAGCGGCUUCCUCUUGAAGAAGUUUUAGUUGAUGGAUUCACAACUAGAAUACAUAAUCUAACUUGGAUUUCAAGUCGCAAGAUAAUUUACCGAGAUCCUGAUGGGAGUUUAAUGAUAUAUGAUAUUGCAACAAAAUGGAAAACAAUUUUAGCAUCAAAUGCAAGUUUAGGUAAAUUAAAAAUUGAACGAUUUAGCUUAUCAUCCGAUAAAAGAUAUGUCCUAUUGAUUCACGAUGUAAAAAAGACGACAAGUCAUUCCUUCAAAGCUCGAUACAAAGUCUACGAUACCAAGAACAGUGUAAUGUCUUCGCUAACAGCACCAGGUUUGGAAGACGAUCAUCAAAUUGAAUACGCUGAUUGGGGUCCCACUGGAAGUCAAAUGGUAUUGAUACACAAAAAAGACAUAAUUUUAUUUCCAAAGUUUAGCUCCAAGCCAAUUCAAGUAACAAACACAGGGAAAGAUGGUAACAUUUACAAUGGAGUUCCAGAUGUUAUGUAUGAAGAAUUUGUUCUUCGCGAUUAUAAAGCACUUUGGUGGAAUGAAGACGGCACCAAGUUUUGUUUUGCAUCGUUUGAUAAUACGGCAGUUGAUCAAAUGCCAAUCGUUAUUUAUGGAUCUCCAUACAAUUUAAGUGAUGAAUUUUCAACUUCGGGUCCACUUUCCUAUCCAAAGAUAAUCAACUAUCCAUACCCAAAGCCUGGUCGCAACAAUCCGAUUGUUACACUAAAAAUUGCCCUUGUUCGUCCAGCAUCUGUUCAAAUAAAAAACGUCCACAUUCCAAGUCAACUGGAAGCAGCAGAGUAUUAUAUCAAAACGGUUAACUGGAUCGGGGCUAAUAAGAUUGCAGUGGUUUGGCUGAAGCGACCUCAAAACUAUUCAGUGGUUACACUCUGUGAAGAGGAAACUGAUUGGCACUGCGAAAUGUUGUUGGAGGAACACUUGAACACUCCUCAUGGAUGGCUUGAUAUCAAAAGUGGCCCAUUAUUUUCAAACGAUAAAGAAUAUUAUUUCAUCAUUUUACCUGUUGCUGAUGGUUCCUAUGGAACCUUUGAUCACAUUAUCAUGUUUAUUCGUAAAGGUAAUAAACGUUAUCAUUUAACUCAUGGACAGUUUGUGGUCACUCAACUGUAUACUCAUCGAUCCGAUUUAAGAACCCUAUAUUAUCAGGCAACAGUUGCCGAUAAUCCUGCCGUUCGUCACAUAUUUUCCAUUACCGACACUGAACACCCUGAGCCACGGACCAUUAAAUGUCUCUCUUGUGAUCUGAGUCCUUCUUGCACCCACAAUUUGGCCAAAUUUUCUCCCGAUGGAGAGUACUUUAUACUUGAGUGCCUUGGACCGGGUAUUCCUCGGAGUGAGUUGCGUUACACGGAAACAAAUGAGCUUAAAGAAGUUUUAAAUACUUUUCCAAGUUUCGAGGAACAGAUCAACUCAAGAGCAAUGCCAAGAACUAGAUACUUUACAGUGGCCAUUGAUGAAGACAUUUUUGGCCGAGUAAGGCUGCUUCUCCCGCCUGGACUUGAUGAAGAUGAUACCGUCAAGUAUCCAAUCAUUGUCAAACUAAACAAUGAACCCGAAGAUCAAGCUGUUUCACACAUAAACCGCAUAACCUGGGACCAUUACUUAGCCAGUAAAAGGGAAUACAUUGUUGCCUCUAUUGAUGUAAGAGGGUCGGGCUUUCAAGGUGAUAGUUAUAAGCAUUCAAUUUACCACAACAUUGGUGACACUGAGGCUCAUGAUAUAAUUGAAGUAAUAAAAUUCUUGAAAAGCCACGUUCCAUAUGUGGAAGAGGAUAAAAUUGCCCUUUGGGGAUCAGAGAUUGGCGGUUACAUGGUGGCUUCAUUAAUGAUUAAAGAUCCAGCAUUCAAUUGUGGCAUUGCCAUUUCACCUGUAACAAGUUGGCGUAAUUAUGCUUCAUUUUUCAUGGAAAAAACUAUGGGACUUCCCUGGCCUCAGGAUAAUUACAUCAACUACGACAAGUCUGACUUGUUUAGAAGUGUUUCUGGUUUAAAAGAUAAAGCUUUCAUGAUCAUUCAUGGGACUGCAGACACCAAAGUCAACAUUCAACAUUCAAUGUUAUUAAUUAAAGCACUGACUGAUCGCGGGAUUCCUUUUCGUGUUCAGCUUUACCCUGACGGUGAACAUUCCCUUUAUGAUGAACAAUUUCAUUUGUACAAAACAAUGGAAGACUUUUUUGCUCGCUGCUUCCAAUCUCGGGAUGACCAAGAUGAAGAGGAAAUGGAGUUGCCGAUAACAAAAGUGAUCAAGGGAGGAAAAAAGAUAAUAACUGGUGAAGAAUGAAUUGUUGUCGAAUCUUGAAUAUAUUCAAUUGGAUUACAGUUUUAAAUGGAAAAAUCGGUUUUCUUCAAACGAUUACUUUCCACUAAUUUCAAGGCAACGAAGCACGGUGCUGAUUUAUCGAGACAAACUUGAAUUCUUGGAUUAAGUUUGAAGAGCAAACGUGAUUGAAUGAUCUGUAGGAAAGAAAAAAAUGUCCAAGACUUCUUUCUCAGUCAAUUUUCAAAUUAUUAGACUUGUAAUAAAUCAUCAUUUCGUAAUAGUAUUGGAUUUUUCAUGUUGCGACAUGGCAUAUUCAGGUACAAUCUGGAACAUGAUUUUCGUAUUUUCUCGCUUUGCUUCUCUUCCUUGGUGGUUAGACAAAAUAUAAACAUUUAAAACUUUUCAGUUUCGUAAUUAAUAAUUUAUAAUUUAUUUAAAUCAAAUCGGUUAAUGUUUUAGGAAACAAGAUUCAUAGUCGUCGAACUAAACUGUCUAAAAUGCUUGACGGGUACAUUUAUAAGAAGACUUGUAUUGCAAAAUUGUCUAUGUUGAACUCAAUGUCGAAGUUUAUGAUGUUGAGUUCAGUUGUAAUUACUAUGAAAAUAACCAAUGUGAUUGGAAAGAAACAGAAACUCAACAGAGUUAUUAAUGUUGUCUAUUGUUACAUCAAUUAUUAUAUUUGUAUUAACAUAAAAAAUGAGAAGGUUUCUGAAUAAAGCUCCUGAAAUAA